CGCAUGCAGAUAUUGAAGUGGAUGCAGACAAAGUAAUUAAGUCCCGACCUGUAGAUUGAUGAACAUCCAAGGGUCUCAACUGUCUCUCACCUAGUUUUUCUCCCUAGUCGUUAGAAGUAGCACUGAUUAUUAUGCAUAGUCUUUUCUUCUCAGUUCUCAAGUGUAAGCGUGUGCAGAGCUCAUCGUUUUGAACCUUUGCAUCUCAACCUCAGCCACAGCCACACACCAGCAUCUUAAUUACUUGCAUCAACUAAAGCUUUUCUUAGCAAAGGAGUUUCUGUAAACAUGGGACACAAACUUCUUCAAAUGACUUUCUGUUUGUGGGCUAUUACAUGUUUACUCCUCCCCUCUCCCUCUGUUGGCCUAUCCAGAAUUACUCUGAAGAAGCAAAGAUUGGAUCUUCAGGGUAUUAAGGCUGCCAGAAUCGCAAUGCAUGGAGAGGAUAUACUUCAUAACUUUGGUAGUUCAGAUGGAGAAGUAAUGCCUCUAAAAAACUAUUUGGAUGCCCAAUACUAUGGAGUAAUUGGCAUUGGCUCACCUCCACAGAACUUCACUGUCAUAUUUGACACAGGCAGUUCCAAUCUCUGGGUUCCGUCUUCAAAAUGCUACUUCUCUAUUGCUUGCUAUUUCCAUUCAAAGUACAAGUCUAGUCGAUCCAGUACAUAUACCAAGAUUGGAAAAUCUUGUGAAAUAAAUUAUGGAUCUGGUUCAAUAUCUGGUUUCCUCAGUCAAGAUAAUGUUAAAGUUGGCGGUCUUGUUGUCAAGGAUCAAGUUUUCAUCGAGGCCACCCGAGAAGGAAGUCUCACUUUUGCUUUGGCAAAGUUUGAUGGAAUCCUUGGGCUUGGAUUCCAGGAGAUUUCAGUAGGGAAUGCUACUCCAGUGUGGUACAAUAUGUUGAACCAAGAUCUUGUAAGAGAGGACGUCUUUUCAUUCUGGCUUAACAGGGAUCCAUUAGCCCAAGUGGGAGGUGAGAUUGUUUUUGGUGGGGUUGACCCGAAACACUACAAGGGGAAGCAUACUUAUGUUCCUGUCAGUCGAAAAGGUUAUUGGCAGUUUGAUAUGGGAGACUUUCUUAUUGGAAACCAUUCAACAGGUGUUUGUGAGACUGGUUGUGCUGCUAUUGUGGAUUCAGGAACAUCCUUACUUGCUGGCCCCACGACUGUUGUUGCUGAAAUCAAUCAGGCUAUUGGAGCUCGUGGAGUUGUUAGUGCUGAAUGUAAAGAAGUUGUCUCUCAGUAUGGAGACCUGAUAUGGCAGCUCUUAGUAUCCGGAGUACUACCUGACAAAGUAUGUACUCAGAUUGGUUUAUGUCCUCUCAAAGGGGUUCAGUCCAUGAGCACUGGGAUUGAAACAGUGGUUGACAAGAAAAACAUGGAGGGAUUAUCAGCCGGGGACAAAGUCUUGUGCACUGCCUGUGAGAUGACUGUUAUUUGGAUUCAGAGUCAGCUUAGACAGAAGGAGACAAAGGACAGAGUUCUCAACUACGUGAAUGAGCUCUGCGAGAGCCUACCAAGUCCAAUGGGAGAGUCAGCAAUCGACUGUGCUAAAAUUUCAGAGAUGCCACACAUUACAUUCACAAUCGGAGAUAAGCCUUUUAAGCUCACUCCGGAGCAGUAUGUUCUGAAGACUGGAGAAGACAUUACCACAGUCUGUUUGAGUGGAUUUACUGCUUUGGAUGUGCCCCCACCAAGAGGUCCUUUGUGGAUUCUUGGAGAUGUAUUCAUGGGGGUUUAUCACACUGUUUUCGACUACGGUAAUCUUGAAAUUGGUUUUGCUGAGGCUGCUUAGUUCCCAUUCUGAUUCUGUGGGUUACUAUUGUAUGGUGAUAAUUAGUGCCAAACAAACAUUAUAGAUAGAAUGGAUGACUGUAAUGUAAAUUACUACUGCACUGCACUAUGGCUCUUCAUUAUUAUGACAAUUUGCAGAGAUUCAUUCGAAAAAUGUAUUCUGUGAACAUUCGCAUGUACUACUGCUUGAUAUGUAAACCAAAUAAACCAGUUUCCUUUCAAAUA